ACCUUCCCGGAGAACCGGAACCGAACCUUCCCGGAGAACCUGAACCGAACCUUCCCGGAGAACCGGAACCGAACCUUCCCGGAGAACCUGAACCGAACCUUCCCGGUGCUCCCGGAGCGCCCGCACCGACCCCUCCCGGGGUCCGGGCCCGCACCGGAUCCAACCCAGGGACCCUGAACCCACCGACCCCCACCGCCCCCCUCCCGGUGCUCCCGGCGCAUCCCGGCGCCCCCGCAGGACCGGGAGCCGGUGUCGCCGCCGCGGGACCGGGAGCCGGUGUCCCCGCCGGGAUGGUGGCCCCCGCGCUGCUGGCGCUGGCCCUGGGCACCCUGGCUGUCAUGGCAGCACCCCCGGAGGGUCCCCACUUGUCGCUGUCACCCCCGGAGCCGAAGCCACGGCAGCCGUUCAACGUCACCUGCAGCUUCGGGGUCGCCGUCCCCGCCGCCAACGUCACCGUCACCGCCAACAACGACACCCGGCCGGUGACACUGAGCCAGGACGGCCACCAGGCCACGGCCACGGUCACCGUCACGGCGGAGGGCAGCGUCCGGCUGGGCUGCACCGUCCUCGCGGGCAGCAGGGAGCUCCAGGCCAGCGCCACCGCCCAGGCCUACUAUGUCCCCGUGCCGCUGCUGGACGUCGCCAACGCCACCGUGGCGGGCACGGCGCUGAGGGGAAGCUGCUCCUUGCCGGCCGGGGCCGUCCGGGACAUCCGCGUGCGGGUGCUGGCCGCGGGCCGCGGCGUCCUGAGGGAUUCCGAGCAGCCCCCGGUGACCUUCGAGCUGCGGGCGCGGGAGGAGGACGCGGAGCCGGGGCUGGAGGUGACCUGCGUGGCCAAGAUGGAUCCCUACACCUCCAGGAGCAAAUCCCAGCGGAUCCGAGUGCUGGUCAAACCGCGGCUGGACCCGGAGCGCUGCCCCCCGCAGCAGAACUGGACGGAGGGGCAGGAGGGGAUCCUGCGCUGCAGCGCCGGGGGCGCACCUGCGCCGCAGGUGAGCUGCUCCAAGGACGGGAAUUCCCUGAUCCCCGGAGCCGCGCGUCCCGCCGCCCGCGCCCACGCCGGGACCUACCUGUGCCAGGCCACCAACGAGCUGGGGACGGCCGAGCGCAACGUCACCGUCUGGGUCCACUACGAGGACUCGUUCCCGCUGCUCCCGGUGCUCCUGGGGGUGCUGCUGCCGGCGGCCGCGCUCCUGGGCCUGGCCGCGCUCCUCGUGCUCCGCUACCGAGCCAAGAUCGGCGAGUACCGGCUCUGGAGGCGGCAGCCGCCGCCGCACGCGCGGCCCCUGCGGGCCCCGGGCAGCUCCCGGGCGGCCGCGGCCGCUCCCAACGGAUCCGCGGCCCCGUAGGCGGGGAGGGGUCCUGGAGGGGCCGGGACCCCCUGCCCGUCCCUCCCCCGCGGCCACCGAGGGGACAGCGACAGCGGGGACCGGCCGGAGCCGCCGUGGUGGAUGCAGCUCCCAGACUGGGGCGGACUGGGGCGGACUGGGGCGGUGAGAUCCACCCGGCCCCCGGCGUGGAUCUCCGGGGUUCGCUCCGGAUUGGAUCCCUCGAGUGUUUUUGGGGUGGAUUUGGUGACUUUGGAGGCCGUGGAGCUCCGGGCGGAGCAGCCGGGUGGAACCGCGGGCACUCCGGGAGGACGAGGAGCAGGAGGGAGGGGACGGGCAGGCGACAGCGGCGCGUCCCACCAAUAAACGCUGCAGGUGACA